GAGUACGGAGCCGCGUGUUAAACACGAGCUACCAUAAGGCGCAACAUCGACGAGCACAUCAGGAUAAAACACCGCCGAGGUUUUCAGCAGCUAACGGUGGCAUAUUUUAGCGGGCACUUUCUGUAUGCCGCUCAUAUAGAAUUUGUUGCCCUUUGCCAAGCAGCCGUUGAUGCUCGUUGGAAUGCCCGUGUGCGAUAGAUGCCAGGCGUGUUAAUUGUUUGAAAAUUCGUGUUGUUGCGUAGCGAUCGAUGGAAACGGCGAAACACUUCUGAAGCGCAUCUUUUUUCCUGACAGUGCGGUUUCAGCGAGUGAACUCCUGCCAAAGAGAAUACAGAAGAAACUAAAAGAAAGAUGAAGCCAGGAGUUAUGCUCUUCGCCAUUUCACUUGUGGCGAUUCUAAAUUCAUUGGGCCACAUGGGGGAUGCUCCGAAGAUGAAGCUCACCAGGGUCUUCAGGAACUUGGUACCAAGAGCCCGCCAUUUGCACCACCUCGCCACAGCCAUUUACAAGGAGUUUGAGCGGACCUACGUUCCUCAGGAGAAACGCCAUUCCAGUAAAAAACCUGCACUUUGCUCCUCAGCCACAAUCCAGGCGCCGAGAAACAAAGAAGAAACCUUACAGAAAUCGGAUGUGGAGUUGCUUUGCUUUUCUUUGAUUAUUAUCCAGUCUUGGAUCAACCCCUUGAAGAAUCUGAGCCACCUUAUCACCAACAGACAUAUUCAUGUUCUCUCAAAUCGACUCCUUGAGAAGUUAAGAGACCUUGAAGAAGGCAUCCAAGUUGCUUUGAGGGUACUUGAAAAGAGAAGUGACAGACAUAUGGACACGUACAGCAAGUUUGAGGUCAUCCUGCCAGCCGAUGGCUCUGUGAUGAAAGUGCCCGGGCUCUUGGCUUGUUUUAGAAAAGACGCCCACAGAGUGGCAACCUACCUGAAUCUGGUGACAUUCCAACGCUUCGCUUAGAGCCACCACCGCACUCUGUGGGACGCUUGGAGAAGCCACCACCCUGCAUGGAGUGAUGUUAUGCUUACCCUUUUCUUUAAAAAUACCAGAAAGAGAUAACGGAUACAAUUCUGUGUGAUUUUUAAAACAGAGGUGUUUUUGUAUAUGUUACAAUACACUUAAAUGUUCUAAUGGGGAUGCAAUUUAAAAUAGUUGCGUCUGAUGGCAUGACUUACAUUUUUGCUACUUAUGUUAGCUUCAGUUUCUUAGAUGUCACACUAACACAAUUCAUUGAUGACAAAACAAGCAAGCAAUGGAGUAUCUUUCAACAGAAAUAUAAUCCG